AUGACGAAGCUGGAAAACAUUCUAGCUUCGUUCAUGACUAGCACUCAGGCUGCUAUCACGUCACUGGAGGUAGGUCAGCGGAACCAGGGUGCCAUUUUGCAGGAUCUGCAGACCCAGGUGGGCAUCUUGGCCCGCCAAAACACCACCAGGGCACCGGGGACUCUGCCUGCCACCACUGUCCCGAAUCCUCGAGAUCCUCACCAGCAUCAGCAGCUGGAUGCCAUUUUUACCAGGAGCGGUAAGACCAUAUCUGCUGAUCCUGUCCCGGCCAGACAGGAGGAACCACUACCUGCUUCAGCACUUCCAGCCGACGAUGCAGAAGUGCGGGUGGAGAAGGAAGCCCCUGCUCCCAAGCCACAACCAGUGGUUAAGGAGCAUGUGCCCCAGCUUCCCUUCCCCACUCGCCUACACAAAGACAAGCUGGAGACUGAGUUUGCCAAGUUCAUGGCAAUGUUGAAGCAGCUCAACAUCAGCAUACCGUUCGUGGAGGCACUGUCGAAAAUGCCCAAGUACGCAAAGUUCAUGAAAGAUCUCCUCUCCAACAAGAAGAAACUUGGGGAUCUCUCGACAGUGUUGCUGAGCGAGGAGUGUUCUGCUAUCCUGCAGAACAAGCUGCCCGAAAAGCGCAAGGAUCCAGGGAGUUUUACUAUCCCUCUUACUAUUGGCAGCAUGCAUGUAGGCAAGUCCUUGGCGGACCUAGGCGCUAGCAUAAACAUCAUGCCAUAUAAGUUGUAUAAAAAGCUAGACCUAGGUGAACUUAGCCCUACUAGGAUGAGAAUUCAGCUAGCUGAUCGUUCCAUUGUGCAUCCUAUGGGAAUCAUAGAGGAUCUGCUUGUUAGUGUUGGUGCAUUCACAUAUCCUGUUGAUUUUGUUAUUCUUGAUAUACAUGAGGAUGUGGAUGUGCCUUUGAUUCUAGGUAGGCCAUUUCUUGCCACCGCCAAGGCACUUAUUGAUGUGCAUGAUGGUAAAUGA